GGGGCGCGCUCUCGGGAACAGCGGCACACGAAUCGACGCUUCGCGACGACGGCUCCCGGGACGAAUAGCCCCCCGUGAGUGGUAGACAGCGGCGUGAAAGGGAAAGGGAGACGAGUGACGAAGCGCUCCGCCUUUACGAGCAGCGGCGCCGCGAUGCCUCGGCGAGGAGCCGAAUGGGUCCGAAGAGCAAAGUGAGGCGACGUUGACUUCCCUGGAUUAUUUAGCCACUGCUUCACCGAAAGCGAACUUUAGCAGCACGUCAAUUUGUCGUGCUCGAUCGCGGAUUAUGCAAGCGAAAGAGAAAAUCGCCGGAUUGUGAGAAUUUUUUCGAACUCCACGUGUGGUGGUUGUUGGCGUUUUAUUUGUUUGUUUUGGUUCUCUCUGAAACGUGCGCGCCUUGACGACAAUGACUGGAUAUGUACGGCUGCCGUUUAAUUCUUCCCCGGGGAGACGAGGCGAGUGAGUGCGGGGCAGAGAAAGCAGGAGGACAUCGGAGGGAAACGGCGAAGCCGAGUCGGUGGCGUUCGGCUGCCGUCUUCGAGUUCUUUUUUCCCCAUCCGACCCAAGCAGGACACACAUCGGGACGCGCACCUGGAGGAAUCAGCGUUCACAACCUCGGCCAGCGGGAGGCGAGUGUCCGAAGAAAUGCCGGUCCGCGGUGCCCUAGAACAUCACCACCGGCACCAUGGCAAGUCAUUGGCCUGUGAGAAAAGAGGAGUGCUCGCACAGGUCCGCCUCUCCCGCUAGAUGGUCGGCACCCUCCUUGAUGCUUCUAUGGCUGCCGUGGGUGGUCUUCUGGCUGCUGUGGCCCGUCCGAGCCGAACAAGUGGCACAACACGUGGGCAAAGGGCCUCGCGGGUCCGCCGCGUCAUCUUCCUCCUCUCCCUCCGGCUCCUCGGCGUGGGGCUUCAGCACAAGGCAGAGCGGAGGGCAGCUGGACUGGCUGCUGUCAGAAAAGGGACCUUUCCACCGUUGCCCUGAGUACACCGAGUUCAGAGAGAGGUUCCAGCAGGGAUUUUCCACCAGAUACAAGAUUUACAGGGAAUUCAGCCACUGGAAGGUAAGCGGCCUGGCGACGGAGAAGAGGGACUUCCCCAAAGCGGCGUUGCCCUUAGCCCCGGAGUUCCGACGCAACCUGCGAUUACUGGGCCGACGGCCGACCUUGCAGCAAAUCAACGAAAACCUCAUCAAGAAGUACGGGACCCACUUCCUGGUGUCUGCUACCCUCGGAGGCGAGGAGUCGUUGACCAUUUUCCUGGACAAGCAAAAACUGACUAAGAAGUCGGAAGGCAACAGCAACAGCACCGCGGUGUCUCUGGAGCUGCUCCAUCAGCUCGCCGCUUCCUACUUCACUGAUCGAGAGAGCACCCUGAGGAGAUUGCACCACCUGCAGAUCGCCACUUCGGCAAUUAAGGUGACGGAAACAAGAACGGGUCCUCUCGGCUGCAGUAACUAUGACAGCUUGGAUUCCGUUAGCUCAGUGUUGGUGCACAGUCCAGAAAAUAAGAUCCAUCUCAAAGGCCUGCAAGACGUCUUGCCCGAUUUUCUGCGCGGGCGUUUUGUGGAGGCGGCGCUCAGCUAUGUGGCGUGUAACUCGGAGGGCGAGUUGCUCUGCCGCGGCAACGACUGCUGGUGCCGAUGCGGCCCUCGCUUCCCCGAGUGCAAUUGUCCCUUGGCCGACAUCAAGGCGAUGGAGGAGAACCUGGAGAGAAGCAAAGAGGCCUGGAACACUUUCAACCGAGACUUUAUGGAAUCAGAUGAAUUCAAAGGCUUCCUGAAAGGCUUGCCCGCUGACCAAUUCUUGAACAUGUCCACCAUUGCCAAGUACUGGUCGGCGGACUUCCCGCUGCAGAGGCGCUACGCUCAUCUGGAAUCCGGCACGGCUUUGGUCCUGGGCAAGGCACAGAAGAUCGUGAGAAAAUUGUUCACCCUCAGCAAACGAUGUCCGAAACAACCUCGAAUAAGUCUCCCUCGAGAAAGGUCGCUUGCCUUUUGGCUAAGCACGGCUCAGUCGCUGCUCUACUGCAACGACCGCGGCGUCCUGGGAUCGUUCUCCGAGGAGGUCAAGACUUGCAGCUGCCCUGCGGAACACCCGACUUGUCAGGGCGCCAUCCCAUGUGUCGUCGGCGCCUCGUGCUCGGCUUGCGCCGCGGACAACGUGACCCGCUGCGGCUCCUGCCGCCACGGCAACCUGCUCCACCUCGGUUCCUGUCGACCGAGCAUCGCCGCGUCCCUGGACCACUAUCUGAACUUUGACCUCGACGUGCCGGAUGCCGAGGCCAAAUACCUCCUUGAGCGGCUGGACAGCAAAAUGGAGGUGCACGCCAUUUACAUCAGCAACGACGUCCGUCUGGGAAGUUGGUUCAAUCCGGCUUGGAGAAAGAGGAUGCUGCUGACUCUCAAGAGCAACAAAAAUAAGUCCAAUCUCAUCCACAUGUUGAUGGGCAUGACUUUCCAGAUCUGCUUAACGGAGAACUCGACGCUGGAGCCCGUGCCGGCCAUUUACGUCAACCCUUUUGGGGGCAGCCACUCGGAGAGUUGGUUCAUGCCCGUCAACCGGCCCGACUUCCCCAACUGGGAGAGAACUCGACUGGACUCCGCCGCCGCCCCCGCCGCCGCCGUUGCGCAAUGCUACAACUGGACCUUGUCCUUGGGCACCCAGUGGAAGUCCUUCUUCGAAACCGUCCACAUCUACCUGCGGAGCCGCAUCGUCACCGACGACCCGACGGCCAACGAAACGCUCUUCUACGAACCUUUGGACCCGGACGACCAGACGUCCAACCUGGGUUACAUGAAGAUCAACACCCUGAAGGUUUUUGGAUACAGCAUGCACUUUGACCCCGAGGGAAUGAAGGACUUGAUCCUCCAGCUGGACUACCCGUACACGCAGGGAACGCAGGACGCCGCCUUUUUCAUGCUGCUGGAGAUGAGGGAUCGCGUGAACAGGUUGGCCCCGCCGGCGCCGCAGCCGCUCGACCUCUUCUCUUGUCUGCUGCGUCACCGACUUAAGUUGUCCGCCGGCGAGGUGGCGCGCAUCAACGAGGCUCUUCGGAUCUUCAACUCCAAGCUGCCCGACGCCGCUCCCGAACCCGAGCUGGCUCAGCUCUGCGGCUAAGCCGGACGGCCGUACUCUGGGAUAUUCUCCCGCUGAACCUCGGGCUUUCGCCGUGUCCUUUGGCUCGUGACUGUCGGAGGCCGACGACGGGGGCGCCUCGGAGGACCUGCCGGGGGGACGGGAAGUUUGGCCGAACUGGCUUCCUUUCGCCGCCACUGCCUUUCUAUCGGCAAGCGACCCGACGGCUGCGGGACUCGUGUCAUUCGAUCGGUAUCGAAGAACUCUUCAGGGGUCAACAAGAGCAAGAUCGUCCUUUUGUAUUUUCUUUGGUUACCGAACAACCGAGAGAGGAAUACAAACGAAAUCCGCUUUGAAACGACGUUACGCUUACGUUUUCAUAACCCCGACCGCGUUGCUAUCUACCAAUAUUUCUUUUCAACCCCUGCCUUGCAUUUUUUUAAAAUAUUUUAUUUAAAUGGACAUUUCAAAACACGUAUUCCCGCCGAGCAACCGAGAGGCUUGUUAGUGUUCGCUCUGUACUUGGUGAUGUGUGUUUACCAGAAAAGAAGAAAAAAAAAAAAAAGGUGAACACAUUGGCAACGCAAAUAGCGACGUAGCUUCGAUGUUGCUUCUUUUCUUUGUCUCCUUUUGAGAUGAAAACCGAAGGUGAUGCGGUUAUAAAAAUAUUAUCGACGUUUGCGAGUACGGUCCUGUAAAUAUCGCGCCAUUGAACUUGAACAUGUGCACACUGCUUUUUAGAUAACUAAGUGCAAAGACCAAAAAAAAAAACAA